AUGUUGAAUUUGAUACACUUGUGGAGGAUGCGAUGCAAAGAUGGAAAUGACGUGAAAGGGCAUGAAAGGUCUAAGGCAACAUCUGCCAUAUGCUGUCGUCAACAGACGCCGUGCAACGCCGAAGUCAAGGUCAAGAUUCAGGAAAGAAGACUUCGACUUCGACUUUCGAGGAAUGGUCAUUCUCAUACCACUGUGAACCAGCGUGAACCGUGCUGUGGCACAAUGAUGGCCUUGGGUGUCCAUGACAAGCACAAAGCCUGCAAAAGGCUUCCAUCAGACAGUGAGUUUGACAGCCAGCUCGACUUAUUGGGAUUGGUGCACAUUGAUGGCAGCAGUGAUACCACAGUGAAAACAUGUGUGUUAUUCUGUUGA